GGGUCCAACACGGACGUGGUCACGCUGCUCAGCGGAAGUCGGGCGACGUAACGAGCCCGACUUCCUGGUUUUGUUGCAUUCUUCUUCAGUCGAUCGCUCGCUUUCAUCCGGCAGACCGGACGGACAUCUGGAGUGUGCCGCCCUGUGUUGGGGACAGAACAGUUAUUGUGCCAACAGUUUACCCAGGAUAAACCAGCUGCCCGUGUCUGUCGUCAGUUUCCGCCGUGUGUUUGUGGCUCUGGUAACACUGAACAGGAAGACAGACGUGAAGAGACGUCUGAACAGGGAGAGGAAACUGCUGCGGCUUCUUCGUCAGCCUCAGAAUGACUGAGUUCUGGGUUUGCUUCAGCUGCUGCAUUGCAGAGCAGCCACAACCUAAACGGCGGCGACGGAUCGAUCGCUCCAUGAUCGGGGAGCCAACAAACUUUGUUCACACCACACAUGUAGGCUCGGGGGACAUGGGCCUGGGAUUGGCAUCAGUGGACCUUGUUCAGGCCCAGAUGAAAUCUAAAGGGGGAUAUGCGCAUGGAGGGUCUGAAGGUUCCCAGUUGUAACAAGCCCUUCACACGUCUUGUGGAAACUACUGUUGUUGAUAUGAGGAAGCAUUUUAAAAAAGCAGUUCUGUCUGUAAUGGACGCAGGACCAAAAGAUGAAACUACUGCUUUUCCAUAAUGUUGUAUAUAUUUUUAUUUUCCAUUCCUUUUUUUUUUAAUGAAAGCACUGCUAUCCAUUUGCUGCCAUACUGUUGCACUGUAAAGAGUAACUGUUAAGAGUAGAUAAGAGGGUUUAGAAAGCUCAUAAUCUCAGUCAGACGUAUGCUUGUGUGUAUGCAUGAGGAAAAUUGUUUCAAAAAUAUUUGCUGUUGUAGCCCAUAUGGAUGCCUGUAUUUAUUAUCUGAUUUGUUAACGGACCUCAUGGUGGCUGGGCCACGCUGGAGAUUUGGAACAUUCAGUUUCUUUCUUUAUUCUCAGAGGUUUAUCAAAGGACAGGUAGAGGUAGCAAGGCAAAAAGCGAUAUGUUCAUUGUUUUAUUCUGAGAAAUACUCAUGAUUCUCUUUGAGUUGCUUUCAGGGUCGAAGAUUGCUGUCUUGUAAUAAACUUGAAAAAUGAGUAGAGUACACUGGAUCAUGCAAUGUACACUCACACUUGCUUAGGAAUUUCGCAUUGAUUUCAACUGUUUUUUUUUUUAUAUACUCAUUUAGAUUGGACCAUAUAGAAUUUUAAUAAACUAUGAACUUCCUAAUCUGCCUUCUGAAGUCAUGUUCAUCAUUUGUUUUAUUAGCGUUGUGUGGCAGCUUGAUGCUGCAGAUGCAGAGCUUAGUGGUAUCAAGAAAAUUCCUGUUUUUUUUUUUGGUUUUUGGUUUUUUUUAUUCUUUACAUGGUUUGUGUACCAACUGUAGACCAAGAAUUGAACUUGGAAGUAACAAAAUCACCACUGCAAACUCUGCCACGAACGUGGGUCAGGUUUGAUACAGUCAGCAGUAUUCUCAAACCUGGACUGUAUGUUCAUCAUAUCCUUUUUAUGCUUUGUUGUAAAUGCUGUUCCCUUUUUCCUAGCAUGUGUUUCAUCAUGACGUCAAGAGUAUCUCUCUUGACAUAAAACCAUUCUUCAGUCCUUUUUUGGUCAAUACUCCCACAAUAUGGGUGGAGAUGAUUUUGUGGUAGUUUCGAAUGCCAGACCUCUUAAGGGUGACUGAUGCUAAUAACCUGACAUGACUCACCUUUGUAGCAGUGUUUGUGAUUCCGUUGCUUCAUCGUUAAAUGAUGUUUCUAUGUGAUGUUCACAAUAUUUUGUCAAAAACAAAAUUCCAAAAGCGAUUAAAUCCACCUUUGACCCACUAUGGACGUUAAAUUGUUAAAUGUCAUUCCCAGUUUGUCUGUUGGCACAAAGGUUUUCUCUCCUUUUUCAAGGAGAUCUAAUUUUCCUCUUUUUAAGGAGAAGUAAAUAAGUGCAGCUCUUUUUGACCUGAUCACGCUGGUUGUCAGCUGUGAUCAGUUAAUGUUCUUGCUUUUCACUGACUGGCUGGUACAUUUUUGUCUCUCAGUAUUGUCAUAUGUAGUCCAAAUUUAUGAUCCAGGCUCCAUUUUUCAAAAAAUACCUUUGCAGAUAGUGACUGAGCAGUCCUACUUGGGGCUAUAUCCUUAUGUACACACUGCUCGUCACUAUGAACUGAUUUUAAAUCAAGUCAAAGGUGUCGAGCAAACCAGCAGGCCUGGAUCUAUUAAUAAAUGUGAUUAUUUGUCUUCCAUGUACAUCAUAUGAUUUACUAUUCCAACAACAGAAUGUGGUUGUAUUAUAAAGUCAAGCAAAAGUCUGUGUAGAUUGAUGUUAAAUGAGUGCUAUUGUCAUUCUAUUUAUGAUACAAGAAUGAAAUAUUUGUGUAUGUACCAGGCAACUUAAAAUAUCUAAUGGAGUCACAUUUGUAAUAUCUUUAUCAUUUUCAGCAUUGAAACAGCAUUCCCAACAUUCACUGACGGAUUUAUUGAUGUGAUUCAUCAGGCUAAAAAUAUUGUUUAAUUUCUUCCUCUUUAAAUGUUUCUGUAGUAAUUCCUGUAAGAAAAGAUAUCCACACGUGUGUAGACUAGUUUGUUUUCUCCAGCUCUGGACUAAAUGCUGUAGUAUGUGCAGACAUACUGGGAGUGCAGUAUAUCACGUGACCAGCAGGCUGUGCUAGUGGACUGGUUGAAUGUGACUUUAAAAAAAAAAAGAGUUUCCUAAUGGGAUUCUUGCCAUAGAUCUUAUUUUAUGAUGAUAUUGUAAAUACAUAAAAGUAAUGGAUCCAUGGUUUAUAUGUAUUGAGGGUCAUGCAUAUUUUUGGUCACUUUUCUGUAUAACAAUACUGGGAAGGCAGAGUUAGAGCAGUGUUUCUUCUGUUUUUGUUUUUCCUCAGGAACUGCCUGAAAUGUAGUUCCCACUUUAAGGAAAUUCAUCUGUUUUUUUGUUUUGUUGUUUUUUUUUUUCAGCAUUUUUCAGAAUAAAAAUAUGAAAUAAAUGUUCAAUGUUGA